UAAUUUUAUUCCAUUUCACUCCUCAGCUCAUGAUCUCUUAUCAAACAUCACAAUUCAUGUACAAUCUGAUCUCAUAUACUAAUAUUUUCUUGAUUUUGCUUCGCUGAAGAUCAUCAGAUACUAAACUAUUAUGGGUGAUUCCUCUGCUUCAUACAUAUACAUGGUACAUCACCUAAUAGAGAAGUGCUUAAUAUUCCACAUGACCAAAGAGGAGUGCAUGGAGGCCCUUUCCAAGCAUGCAAAUAUCAAACCUGUCAUUACUGCUACUGGUUUGUGCUUGUGGAAUGAGUUAGAGAAGGAGAAUAGGGAGUUCUUUGAGACAUAUGCUCAAUCACAUAACAAAGAUUUCAUUACAGAGGAAGAGACAAGUGCAAUGAUUCAGAAAAUGAUAUUGGACAAUGAUCAUACAAAAAAUUCAGACUAAGAUCGUUUGAAGGAGUUACACAAGGAAUAACAUAUAAACGUGCUAAAGUGAUAUAUUGUUGAUAGUAAUGUUCUGUUGCUUUCUGCUCGAACAGUAUAUACAUAUGCCAAAAAUUGAAAUGUAUCCAGAUGGGGAUCUAUGACUGGUUCUGUUGCUUUCUGCUCGACCAGUUUAUACAUAUGCAGAAUUGAAAUGUAUAUAUAUAAUAAGGUUACACUCCUGUUGAAUA